AUGCAACGGGAAGUGGAUGAGCAUUGGGAGCAAGGUGAUAGCUUGGACAAUGGUGCUUCCCCGGAAUCAGGCAGUACAACAGCCCUGCUGAGUGAUGAGCAGUUGAGUUCCGAGAACGUGGAACCUGAAGUGUCGGCCGAGGCAGGUGCAGGGGAUGCAGAAGCACCGGUAACAGAUCCAGUUGUGCCUGUAGAGAAAAGUCUGGAGGCAGCAAUUACUGUGGAAGUGCCCGCACUGCAAGGGAGUGUGGAACUGCAGACAGGCCAGGAAAAUGCUCUGGAAGAAUCAGAUGAAUCAACAGACCCUGGUACGGCUGAUGAGAAUGGAGCCAAGGCGCAAGCUGGUACUGAGCAGCCAGAGGAAGAUGAUUCCCAAGUAGGGCAAGUUUCUGAAAGCUACGCUGAACCGAGAGAGGGUGGAAUUGCACAGCCUGUCCAGGUAACCAGUCCACCUUUGCCGGGCAUACCCGAUCUGGGGGAAGUAAUCGAGGAUGAUCUGGAUGAUGAGUUCCUUGAUAUUGAGGAACUUGAACGGCUUGGAAGCCUGGAGCCUGCUGAUGAGUCAGGUAUCCAGCGGGGAAGUCGGCAAACUGGCCGGAUCAUCAGUAUCGACUCAACAGGAGUGAUCGUAUCGUUUGAUGCCAAGGUGGAAGGGUUUAUUCCACUUGAAGAGUUCCGUGAAGUGGACGGGACGCUUGCAGUGGAAGUGGACCAGGAAAUCGAGUUCCUGGUUAUUCGACCAGGUGGAGCCAGUGGUUAUGCGAAGUUAUCGUAUCGUCGGCUUAAGGAUGCAGAAAUCUGGAAACGACUGGAGACUGCCCAAACUGAACAGGCCCCCCUGGAGGCCAGGAUCCUUGAGAAUAUCAAGGGUGGAUUCCGGGUUGAUAUCGGAGUGAGCGGGUUCUUGCCUAUUUCGCAGUUGGAUGUAAAACCAGUAGCAAAGCCAGAAGAAUGGCUGGGCACGACAGUUGAAGUCCAGGUCAUGGAAUGCAAUCGUCGUCGAGCCAAUGUAGUGGUAUCGCGUGCGGCGCUGUUGAUUGUCGCGUUAAACAAGCAGAAAGAAGAGACCCUGAGUCGGUUAGCAGUUGGAGAACCGGUAACGGGAACUGUAAAAAACAUCUCCGCGUUUGGUGUUUUCGUUGACCUUGGUGGUAUUGACGGUCUGAUCCGCCUGAACGACCUUUCCUACUUUCGUUAUGAAAGGAUUGAAGAUAUCCUGCAGCCAGGGCAGGAAGUUGUCGCCAGGGUACUUGAACUGGACCUGGAAAAAGAUCGUAUUUCCCUGGGCCUCAAACAAAUGGGACAGGAUCCCUGGGCAGGGGUCAAUGAACGAUUUCCGGAGGGCAGUCAUGUCCAAGGGGCUGUAACAGAUAUCAAGGAUUACGGGGCUUUCGUUGAAAUUGAGCCUGGAGUUGAAGGGUUGAUUCACAUUUCAGAGAUGAGCUGGGCUCACCGCCUGCCGAAUCCAGCGAAAGUACUGACUGUGGGUGAGAAGGUUGAAGCAGUUGUGUUGAAGGUCAACCGUGAGGAGCGUCGUAUUUCGUUAAGCCUGAAACAACUCAAACUGGAACCUUGGGAAGAGUAUGGCAACAGUUUUGCUGUGGGGCAGGUUGUGGAAGGCACUGUGGGCAAGCUGACAAGCUACGGGGCCUUUGUGGAAAUCCAGGAAGGGAUUCACGGGCUGUUGCAUAUCUCGGACCUGACCUGGGGACCACCCCCGAAGAAUCCCGCGGAAAUGUUGCAGAAGGGACUCAAGCUCAAGGCUGUUGUAUUGAGUGUUGACAGGGAGAAGAAGAAACUGUCACUCGGCGUCAAGCAUCUCGAACCCGACACCUGGAUCACGUUUAUCCUUGAACACACUACUGGCGAUACGGUUACAGGCCAGGUGCUGCGUCUUGUCAAACACGGGGCCUAUGUCAAGCUGGCUCCCGGAAUACAGGGCCUGUGUUUCAACUCGGGAAUUCCGCACAAGAAAUCAGGCAAGGGGCAGUCUGGACUGAAAGUGCAAAAAACUUACAACUUUGAGAUUUUACGCAUCCAUGAGAGAGAGCGCGAGAUCGAUUUGCGCUGUCGUAACACAACACCAUUGAGCAUGGAACAGCUUGGGGAAGAACGCAGGUAG